AUCCUCCAGCUGGACUUUGCUUUCUGGGUGCCAAACUGUCCGGUUGCCAUGUUGCGUCCUCCUCCGCAGGUCAAAGGUGCAGUCACAGAGGACGACAUUAUGUCCUUCCUGCCAGAUGUAAACACAACGUGCCGCGUCCUAAUGGCGCUGAACGGACUCUCUCAGCCAGCCAUCAACUUUAUUCCUCUGUGUCACUACAAGGAGGCUAUCUUCAGAGAUGACGCCCACCGCAGGCUGUUGGAGGAGGUGCAGGCACAGCUCAAGGCCAUCUCUGAUGCCAUCGCAGAGCGUAACAGCCAGCUGGAGCUCCCGUACCUGUACCUGAGCCCCGAGCGCAUUGAGAACAGCGUGGCCAUUUGAAUAAACAUCCAUGACGAGCUUCACUGCACUGCUGCGCUCAUUAUUACAAACAGGAAUAAAAAUAC